AUGACAUACGACCGCCCUGCACUAACCACCGAUGGAUCGGCUUUGUUAUCCACAUUUGAUGCCUUGACCAAGUCCGGACUCGUUCUCUACGAUGAAACCCAAAAGGUUGUUGAGCACGUGGAGGGAGACCUGAAGUUCCAUUUCAUUCUCACCAAAGCUCUUAUCAAGAAGCCGACCUUAUCUACACCAGAACAGUCAUCUGUGCCCGGAAACGGCCUCUCGAAUGAGAAACAGCUCCUCCCUGGUAGCGACAUCGAAACAAAUGGCUUCGAGAUGGGCGACAGUGAGAGUAGCACUCACUUUCUUAUCUCCAACAAAUUUUGCUUCUCACGACCUCAUCUCAUGAUGCUCACUCGCGAUGGGCACCGUAGGCAAUAUGAGCCUCUGAACCAGGGUGACUUCGAAGCUGCGUGGGGCACUUUGGCGUUAUUGGAAACAUCAACAACAGAAUAUGUUGUGUUCUUCAACUGCGGCAAAGAUGGUGGGUGUAGCCGACUGCACAAGCAUGUACAGCUGAUGCCUCUUCCCGCCAGUGGCUUUGCCGUCGACUUUCUGAACUCAGACAGUAUCAAAGAACCGGGAUUACCUUUCGAAUGGUUCUACCACAGAUUUCAAGGCAGUGCUGCAACAGCUUCGAAAGUGACCGAUACCUAUGUGCAGCUUCUACAGCAGGCGACAGAAGCUUGGAAGGCUAGCACCGGAAAGGAUGUGCCGGAUGGACAGGCGUGCCCGCACAAUGUGGCUUUCACGUCUCGCUGGAUAGUGGUUAUCCCUCGUCGUAACGCGGCUGUCAACAAAGAGGCCGGCGUGAAUUCUUUGGGCUGGGAAGACGUCGGUAUCACUCAAAACGGCCGCGAUGAAGCAACUCAGGCCGGCGUGCUCUUGAAGAGACACAAUCACCUGCCAGACAUGUGUCAUACCUCGCUACUACGACGUGCCAUCACAACGUGCAAUAUCACGCUCGAUGCAGCGGACCGCCACUGGAUCCCCGUUACGAAAAGCUGGAGACUCAAUGAGCGCCACUACGGCGCGUUACAAGGCCUCAAUAAACAGACCACGGCGAAGAAAUACGGUGAUGAGCAGGUCAAGAUCUGGCGGCGCUCGUACGAUGUCCAGCCGCCCCCAAUGUCUAACGAUGCCUACCAGAGGCAGCUGGCGUAUACGAGCUUGCAGGACCAAUCUAUCCAGGCCCCAAGAACAGAGUCAUUGAAAGAUGUGGUGGCACGCGUAGAACCAUAUUGGAAGGAGUGCAUCAUUCCUGACCUGGAAUCUGGCAAGACUGUGCUUGUCGCGGCUCACGGCAAUUCGCUUCGUGCACUGGUAAAGAUUACUGAUGGUUUGGGGGACGAAGAGGUUGUGGAGCUGAAUAUUCCUACAGGGACACCUAUUGUUUAUGAGCUUGAUGAGUGUAUGCAGCCUACAGUAAAGGGUGGCAAGUGGCUCAAAGAGGAAUGA